CAAACCAUCCAGAAAGAAAAUAUCCUUGUAGCCCAGCCACCACGCGAAUUUCAAGUCCACCCCGGCCUUAAUUUUUUUUGUGGACUGUUGACUUUUAAUCCGUGUCAAAUUUUCUUGACUAUCGGUUUCAGCAUCAUUGAAAAUGUUGUCGCGUGUGGUCACACGUACAAGGACGGUAAAUGCUUUAAAGAGUGGGUGCCCAGAUCUUGAAAGACUAGGUGUUGCACGCAAUAGAUUAAUAUUACACCAGCCCUCAAGAGCUGCGUCAUCUACGCCCUUUAACACUGUCAUAAUGUUUGUGCCCCAGCAAGAGGCAUGGAUUGUUGAAAGAAUGGGCAAAUUUAGUCGCAUUUUAAAGCCAGGGCUUAAUGUUCUCAUCCCAAUUGUAGAUAAAGUAAAAUAUGUGCAGAGCCUUAAAGAAAUAACUAUUGAUAUUCCAAAGCAAAGUGCUAUUACUAAAGAUAAUGUUAAUCUAUCCAUUGAUGGUGUUCUCUAUUUGAAAAUAAUGGAUCCUUACAAAACAAGUUACGGCAUUGAAGAUCCUGAAUUUGCUGUCAGUCAACUUGCACAGACCACAAUGAGAGCAGAACUCGGUAAAAUGAGCUUGGAGCAAAUUUUUCAAGAAAGAGAAUCAUUAAAUGUAACUAUAGUGGAGGCCAUAAACAAGGCCAGUGAACCCUGGGGUAUAUCUUGCUUGAGAUAUGAAAUCCGUGAUAUUGCUCUACCUUCCCGCAUCACAGAAGCUAUGCAAAUGCAAGUGGAGGCCGAAAGAAAAAAGCGAGCUGCCAUACUUGAGUCAGAAGGCCAGAGAGAGGCUGAAAUUAAUGUCGCAGAGGGUCGAAAGAGAGCCAGAAUCCUUGCUUCAGAGGCUGACAAGCUGGAGCAAGUAAACAGGGCACUGGGUGAAGCUGAGGCUCUGCUAGCAAUAGCCAAAGCACGGGCUACUGGACUCAAUUCAGUUGCAGAUUCUCUUGGGAAAUCACAUGGUAAAAAUGCUGCAUCAUUUGUUGUUGCUGAGCAAUAUGUUACUGCCUUUGAGAAAUUAGCACGAACGAAUAAUACUCUGAUAUUGCCAAGUAAUGCUGGUGACAUCUCUAAUGCUGUUGGUCAAGCCAUGUCUAUCUACAGUACAAUUACCAGAAAUCAAAGUAAAACAGCUGGAGAAAGAACUUCUCAGUUACCUUUCAAAGGUUCAGAUUUAGAAGAAUAUUUUAGUGAUCCAGAUGAAACAGAAAAAUGUGAUCCCAAUUCUCCAAGUUCAUCCUCCAGAUAGAUAAGCAUAAUUCAUAUUCAUAUUCUUUUAAUUUUAUUGUCUGUGUAAGUUGCUUGUUGUAAAAACCAUGGUUUGAACUGACUUCCUCUUGAUAGUGUUGAUCUCAUCUACGCCUCAUAUGGGUUAGUGACAUGAACUGUAAUAGUAUUCAAUAAGUCGUAAUUGCCCAAUGUAUAAUUUACAGAGGUGUGAAAUUAAUUUACCUAGCGUCAAAACAUCUAUAAUCCAAUUCCACCCCAUUUCUCAGUAAUAAAAUUUUGUGUGGAGGAAGCUCUUUGCAUUCUUGAGGAAGAAGCUUAGAAAAUCAACAUUCUGUUUUAAUUGCAUUGUUUCAGUUUUAGUCAAUAAAGGGUUGAACACUUCUA